UAGCCAGUUAUAGUUGAUCGCAUCAACAUGCUGAAGCUCAGCCUGAUUGCCUGGCUGCUGUGCUCGCUGGCUUGGCGCACCACGCCCACCAGCUGCCGCCAGACACGGCCAGCGCCGAGUAUACAGGAGCUGCUCGCCAAUCAACUGCAAAGCUUUAUGGACACCAAGGCGCGUCCGUGUGAGAAUUUCUAUCAGUAUGCCUGCGGCAAUUGGCAGCUGCAGCAGGAGGAGCACACACAACACACACAGCACAAAGCGCAACAACAACAACAGAAACAACAACAACAAAACUACCAACAAAAAGCGCAUAGGGAACAGCACGAGCAGCUACAGCCGAGCGACACGUUGGCUGUGCUCGACUAUGCACUGAAUCGUCAGCUCGAACUGUUGCUGAGACGUGGUGUCGCCAAUGAAACCAGCGGCGAGGAGCAGCUGCUGGCUGUCCAGGAGAAAAUGCGUAAUUAUUAUCGCGCCUGCAAGCGCCUGAAGCCGUAUAAUCUGAAAAAGUAUCUGCAAUUGCUGCAGCCAGGCAAUGGCACAAACUGGCCGCUGCUUAGUCGCAGCUGGCAGCCGGAAAAGUUCAACUGGCUGGCGACAAUUGGACGACUGCGUUUGUUCGGUCUCAAUGGAGUGCUGCUCAAGGAGCAGGUGCUGCCGCGCUGGGAUGACUUCAGCAGCUACAGCAUUUACCUGGAUAAGCCCAGCUUGAUGGAGACAAUGCCCAUGGGCGAGGGCGCCAUGAUAGAGUUGCUUUUGGACAUUGGCCAGACGAAGCGCGUGGCCAAUGAGCUGGCCCGCCAGGUGGAUGCCUUUGAGCGGCAACUGCAUCGGCUGCAGGAGCUGGAGGAUGACGAGGGAGCCAAGGAAAUGCAACUGGGCUAUUUGGCGGAGUAUAUGCCGCAGUUGCAAUGGCUAGCCUACAUGCAACAGUUGCGUGCAACCACAGCCGGUUACGAAUUGGACCUGCUCUCCCCGCUCAUCAUACAAAAUCUGCCGUACAUGCGUGCCUUGGACGAGUUGCUGCAGCACCAUAAGCCGGAAACCAUUUGCAACUACAUUAUGCUAAAGCUGCUCGCAUUCCUCAAGCAGCAGGGACCCGCAGAGAUUUCGCGUAUCGAGUGCAUGGCCAGCUUAAGGCGCGCCAUGCCGCUGGCUGCCAGUUUGUUAAUUGGACAGCGAUUCCACGAGUCCAGCUCUGAGCCGCUGGUGAGUGACAUAUUCAGCCGGAUGAAGCUGCGCUUUGGGCAGCUGCUCAGCGAGAAUCGUCUGCAACUUCAGCAGCCCAUUGUUCAGGUGUUGCAGGAGAAGUUGCAGGCAAUGCGUUUGCAGCUGGGCUUCGUUCAACUCAAUGACUCCAGCUUUGUGGAGGAAUACUACGAGCGUGUGGAGUUGAAUGCGCAUAGCUUCUAUGGCAAUCAGUUGGCAUUGCUGCGGCUGCGCGUUGAGCAGAAUCAUGAGCUGCUUCUGGGCAACGGCCAGUCGGAUGCCAACAACGUGAGCUAUCUCACGGAGCACUGGCUGAGCAGCAGUUCCUCACCCUUCUAUGUGAAGCCCAGGAAUCUGGUAUUGGUGCCCUAUGGCCUGCUGCAACUGCCCGUUUGGCAUCGCAACAUGAGCGAGCUGCAGCAGCAUGCGGUGCUGGGUUUUACGCUCGCUCACGAGAUAAUCCAUGGUUUUGAUAGCUCCGGCAUUGACUACGACAGCGUGGGCAACAUCAUGGGCCCCAGCGAGGAGAUAUCGGCCAAUCCAGGCUUUGUCCAGGGCCUCAACUGCAUGCAGCAACAGCUGGCCACCGGCUCAAGAUCGCUCAACGAGAAGCUGGCCGACUACGAGGCGCUGCGUCUGGUCUAUGAAACUUUUUUUGGCGCCGAUAUGCUGAUAGAUCGAAGAGAGCCGCGUGAUCCCCUGUUGCCACAGUUCAGCCAGCGCCAACGCUUCUUCAUCAGCUUUGCGCAGUUCUUUUGCGGCAAGCUGCAAAGUCUCAGUUUGCAUGCGCAACAUCUGGAGCACGCUGUGGAUGAGCUGCGGGUGCUACAAACGUUGGCCAACUUUGAGGAAUUCUCCCGAGAAUUCGGCUGCGAAAGACGCACCAAGAUGCAAGCCACAGAAAAGUGCAGAGUAUGGUAAAGUCGAACACUUGCCCAAUUAGGAUUAGGUUAAAAAAUGUGAAAUACCAAAGC